AUGGCUGUUUGCGUAUCAAAUUAAGCCGCUAUUAUCUAGUGUUAACGAUUUCGUAUUGCUAAUAUGUGUCAACACACGACUUUAUUAUAUUUUACGAUUAUCACCUGAUUAUUCUUAAAUGUUGUUUUUCAAAGUGUUACCUUAUAAAGGUAGUUGUAAAGCAAAAUGGUAAGAGCGUGGCUAUUGUCCGAAGAAAAAAUUUUAGUGCCUAAGUUUAUCAGUUUAGAAGAAUUAUAUAAAACUAGCGGAAUUGAAUAUUAUCAGAUCGAUAUUAACAAUUACGAAAAUGAUCCUUUGCUAAAGAACUUAAUAGAACAACGGGACAAUCAUAAUAUAAAUAAAGUAGAAGGUUUAGACGAUACGGAUUUGAUAAAUCAUAAUACCGAACACUUUCACGAACACGAUGAAUUUCGCCUUGUGAUCCAUGGAUCUGGAUAUUUUGACGUUCGAGAUAAAUACGACGAAUGGAUUAGAAUCGAAAUGAUUCCAGGAGAUUUAAUUGUUAUUCCGGGAGGAUGUUACCAUCGGUUUGUGGUGGAAGGCAAAGUGGAAGAAUAUAAAGGCUUGAGAUUCUUAAAGGACUAUGGGUACAAAGCUUUCAAUCGUCCCAAUGACGAGUUAGAGUGCCGUAAAGCUUACAUGAGAAGAUUAUAUAAUGGUGCAUAUGAUGACAUCAAACAAUAAUUUGAUAGUAUGUGAUGAUUUAUAUAGGGCUAGCAUACUACAUGUAAUAUUCCUAAUAAUUCAUGCAAAAUAAUUAAUUUACAUUCUAGAUGCUAGAAGUGUGCAUUCAAAAACUUGUAAUCAAACUUAGUUAUAAAAACUGGGCAGAUUUUUGGUUAUACAGAAAUAGUGCAUAUUACAUAGUACUAUAUUUCAUAAAUAAAAGCAUAAUAAGCACUUAUGUUAUUAUCUAAAAUAUA